AUGGCUGCCUUGGAACCAAUCAAGGACAAUGAAGAAGCUGUUAGGGCCUAUGGGAUUCACCUUGGAACAGAAAUGUGCAAGAAGAUUAUUGCUAGUGGGAUCAGAACGCUACAUAUGUACACUUUAAACAUGGAGAAAUCUGCACUGGCAAUAUUGAUGAACCUUGGACUGAUUGAGGAGUCCAAGAUUCAAGAUCUUUGCCAUGGAGACGGCCAGCAAAUGUUUUCCGUGUUAAAGAAGAUGUUCGUCCCAUAUUUUGCAUAUGAUGUUAGGGCUAAUCGUCCCAAAAGCUACAUCUCAAGAACUGUUGGUUGGGACCAGUACUCACAUGGUCGAUGGGGAGAUUCUCGAAAUGCAUCGUAUGGGGCACUCAGUGAUUAUCAGUUCAUGCGGCCACGCGCACGUGAUAAGAAACUUCGUGAGGAGUGGACUGUCCCGCUGAAUAAUGUUGAAGACAUUUAUGAGAAUUUUAUGAAGUUCUGCCUUGGGAAACUCAAAAGCAGCCCAUGGUCUGACCUAGAUGGGCUUCAGCCGGAGACCAAAAUCAUCAACGAACAGCUUGGCAACAUUAAUUUGAAAGGUUUUCUCACUAUCAACAGUCAACCAGCUGUUAAUGGAGUACAGUCUGAUUCCCCAUCUGUUGGGUGGGGCGGGCCAGGAGGGUACGAGUACCAGAAGGCUUAUGUAGAGUUCUUCUGCUCUCCCGAGAAGCUGAAUGCUCUAGUUGAGAAAUGCAAAAACUUCUCUUAUCUAACCUACAUGGCUGUGGAUAAACAAGGAAGUUGGAUAUCAAAUGUGAAGAAGACUGAUGUGAAUGCUGUGACUUGGGGAGUUUUCCCGGCAAAGGAGAUUAUUCAACCAACUGUUGUUGAUUCCGAAAGCUUUCUCGUGUGGAAGGAUGAAGCUUUCGAGAUAUGGUCUAGGGGAUGGGCUAAGCUCUACUCUGAAACUGAUCCAUCCAGAAAAUUACUUGAGCAGGUGGAGAGCAGCUAUUAUUUGGUUAGCUUGGUUGACAAUGAUUACAUCCAUGGAGAUCUGUUUGCUGUUUUUAAGGACAUUUGA